AUGGUUCUACGGCCGUUAGAAUUUGCGGAUUGCCUGUCAGAUAGUCCAUGGUUUCGCCAAAAUUUGCGGGAACAUGAAAAUGUUUUGGAAGAUGCCCAUAAAAAUAUCAAAAAUAUCGAAAUACAAUGCCGCGAACUUAUUCAUUGCACGAGGAAACUUUCCGUGGCUCAAAGAGCAUUUGCAAAGUCGUUGAAAGAAUUUAAAUUUGUCACAAUUGGUAGUACUCAGACAGACGAUGAACGAAAAAUAGCUGAGUGUAUGAGUAAAUUUGGCGAUUUUGUAAGUCAAAUUGAAGAUCAUCGCGAAAAAAUUAUUGAAGAUUCGGAGAUUCAUUUUAUCGAGCCUCUACGUAAAUUUCGAGUGGAAGGAAUUGGCAGAGUAUUACAUGAUGACAAAAAGAGGUACGAAAAGGAAUCCAACAAGUUUUAUGCAUCGCUCGAAAAACAUUUACACUUAUCGACCGCGCGAAAAAAUGAUUUCAAAGAAGCGGAUGCUCAAUUGGACAUGCAACAAAGGAAUUUCUGCAGUUGUUCGCUGGACUAUGUAACAGCAAUACAGGCGGUUCAGGAAAGAAUGAAAUUUGAAUUUGUGGAGACGUUAUGUUCGUUCGUAUAUAGCUGGCUCACUUUUUACCAUGUUGGUCACGUAACGCAUGAAGACUUCAAACCAUUUCUAAGUGAAGUGCAAUCGAAAGUUCAAAAGGCGAAACAAAGCUUUGAAGAAACAAAAGAAUAUUAUGUGCAGCUCAAAGACAAAAUGCUGAUAAAUCAUUUGAAAAAUGCAGUAUUUCAAACAAACGAAAGUGAUAAUUUCAGUGAAAAUCCUCGAACCGUUUCUAGUAUUAAACAAGGCUAUAUUUUUGUUCACGAGAAAAGUAGAAUUCCAAAAACAAUCGGUAGGGAUGUUUUGUCAAAUCGAUGGACUAUGUAUUAUUGUGUAUAUCAAAAAGAAACGCGAAUAUUUACAAUGAUUCCAGUAAAUAAUACGGCAAGAAUGGAUAUGAAAGGUGCACUUGGACAAUCCGUUUCUUUUAAAUUGAGAACAUGCACUCGAAGGGCUUCAGACAGUAUUGACAAAAGAUUUUGCUUUGACAUCUUAGCAAUGGAUCGUACUGAGCAAAUGACGUUACAAGCACUAUCCGAAGAAGAUCGCCGACAAUGGCUUGAUGCUAUGGACGGAAGAGAGCCCGUAUACUCACCCGGAGCAGGACCGACAUCAAAUUGUCUUGGAAGUAAGCGCUUUUUAUAG